UGUACAUCGAACACAUUGAGAGGAAAGACAUGUGUAGAAAUUGUAAGGAUGCUGACAAAAUCAAGGCAAAGGCAUGCGACAAUUUCGGAGCCUACACCAUCGAUAUGGAAGCUGUAAAUUCGUGUCCAAAGGCCGCGUCAGGUGAGUUUUACUAUAUCACCAAGCUUGCUUGUUAUAACUUAUCAUGUUAUAACCUUGGGACUGAUGAGAAGACUUGCUUCAUGUGGGAUCAGACACAAGCAAACCGUGGUCCAGAUGAAAUCGGAUCGUGUCUCCUAUACAUUCUGAGAAAUCUGCCUGAGAACAUUACGGAUGUCGUCAUUUGGGCAGAUUCAUGCGGUGGUCAAAACCGCAAUAAGGAAAAUGCAGCAGCAAUACUGCACUUCCUUAAUGUGGAAGUAUCCAACACAGCGCUCCAUGUGAAGACUGUGCACCUGAAGUACUUUGAACGUGGACAUAACGAAUCUGAAGUUGAUACCAUACAUCACAUGAUAGAAGCAAGUAAGAAGAACCAAGAAAUAUAUUUACCGGACCGGUAUAAGGAGAUAGCAAGAUCUGCCAGCACAAAAAACCCUAUAAAGGUUUUUUCACUGGCAUCAUAUGAGUAUCCAGUAUAUGACGUCCACGCCCUUUGCAAGUCCACCAUCAUUAACCGCAAUCGAUACCGGUUUAUUGAUCAUGAGGGCAAACCGAAGGUUAACGAAGCGUCAUGGCUAAGUGCAAAGCGGCUCUCGUUUGCAAAAGGCAGUCGGGCAAUGACUAUCAGCACAUUACCCGACCCGGAGAGAACAGAUGAUGAUAAAGUCAUUCUCACCGACAGAAAGGUAUACGUAAGCAGCCGUGCUUCAGUAAGAUCGGAGGUGGUGGAUAAACCUCAACUCACAAUCCUCUGCGACGAUUCGACAGAGAUACCUGUUUCCGAGAGGGUUAUGCUUGGUCUUAUUGAUCUAUGUGAGAAGAGGCUGAUACCACAGGGGUAUCAUGCAUUCUACAAGAGUAUCACUACUAUAGAAAGUGACAAGAGCGAUACUGACUAAAACACAUUCCAUAUUUCUACAUUUGCAGCAUUUUUAUUUUACUAUUUUCAAUUUCAUGGGACAAUUAUUUUAUGCAAUAUUCAUCUUAGGAUGAAUGUAGACACAAAUUACACUUAUUGAAAUAUUAUACACCUUUUAAAUUAUUGGAAUAUUAAUACAAUUUAAUUCUAUUCAUCUAUUUAUACUAAUAA